AUGGGAUUUGCGUGCACGAGCGAUGGAAUUGCGAGCAAAUUGGGCGUUUUUCUCGUCACCGGACAAAUUCCACAGCACAAUUGCAAUCGGCUGCCACAUCUACACCCCUCCGGAAGCGACGGAUGUCGCCCGAAUUCGGAAUGUCGAAAUUUCGAACAUCGCGCGCCAUCAUGGGCGCGUUUAACCUCACUUUGGGAAAGUUUCGAGUGUUUUGGGCGGUUUUUGGGAGCGAAAAGGAUGAAUUUCCUGCACACUUUCCACCGCACGGUGGCCACGAGUGCCGCAAUGGGGCGACAGAGGAUCCCCGUGUUCAGUGCCAGCAAACAGAGCAAGAUCAUGAGCAAAUUGGUGCACGGCAGGGACAAAGGAAGGCGCCAGUGGCACGAGAACAACAUCCCGUCGGGGACUUUUGACCGGGCAGCCUCUGCCCAGGCCAUCAGCAAUCCCCGCGGUCAUCCGAAGCACGUGCUGAGGCGCGUCACGGUGCUGAACAAGCUGUUCAUGCGGAAUAUCGCCGACAUCAUGUCGACUGGCGAGCUUUCGCAGGAAAUCGUGGGCAAAGGACUGGAGAUUAGUCGCGUUAAAGUGUCUCCGGACUUCCGCCAGGCGUACGUGUACUGGCUGGCGAAGGGCACGGAGGAGGACGAGGAGCUGGAGAGUAUGCUGAGCAGAAUCGCCGGCCGGCUGAGGCACGAAUUGUCGCAGUUGCGCUUGAUGGGCGAAGUGCCGAAGAUCAUCUUCCUGAAGGACUUCCAGCACUCCAAGUUCAGCGAUGUGGACAGACUCCUGGCCAAGGCGGACUUUGGGGAGGACUUCGAGCCACUGUACAUGGGACAGAAGCCAAAGGAGGCGAUAGCUCAGGACAAGAACGAGAUUUUCCCCUCAAGCGCGGCGCUUCCGGAGAUGCGUCAGGAUGUUUUUGGGCUCAAUCACGCCGACAUCAUGCAGAGAAUCACGCGAACGCUGAGCAGAACGCGCUCCGCGUGGGAAAAGUACGAAUUCGGGGCGGAGCCGGAAGAGCAAGUGCCGGGAAUUCAGCGUCCGGACGUGGAUUUCGAGUCUCGCGCAGAGAGAAAUGCUCAGCUUGAGAAGAGAUUCAAUCAGUUCCUUAUCAGCGCCAGAAACAGACCCACAACGCCCGAACGGAAGCGACACCAGCCGGAGAUUCAUGUGAUUCCCAGGGACGAAAGCCCUGAAGAACCUGUGGAUAAUUCGCUGUUCGAGGAGGAUGAUUUCGACGAGUGGCCAGAAGAAAAGCCGUGAUUUUUGGGAUCUUUUCCAUUUAUUUCACGGAAAUAAAUCUUAAAAGUCU